UAUAUCUUUUUCUUGAAAACAAAUUAGAAAAAAUCUGCAAAAAGAGGAAGAAGGAGUCUGAAGGGAUGAACCUAGCCAAAACUAGAAGUGGCCCUUUCAUUUUGCAUAUCUCUUCUUUACAAAAUCACAAACUAGUCAAUUUAACAAAUAAGUGCAAAAUCUCACAAAUCCAAUUUCCCAAAUCACACUCUUACUUGAUCAGUUCAUUCUCACUUGAACCAUGCCGGUUUUCAAAACCCCCUUCAACGGCUACUCCGUCAAGUUCAGCCCCUUCUACGAGAAUCGCCUCGCCGUCGCCACCGCCCAGAACUUUGGUAUCCUCGGCAACGGCCGCCUCCACGUCCUCGUCCUCUCCCCGGACCCCUCCCUUCCCAUCGCGGAACUUGCCUCCUACGACACCGCCGAUGGUGUCUACGACGUAGCCUGGUCGGAGUCACACGAUUCCAUCGUCAUCGCUGCCGUGGCCGAUGGCUCCGUGAAGCUCUACGACCUGGCCCUGCCCCCCACUUCCAACCCUAUCCGUUCCUUCCAGGAACACACCCGUGAGGUCCACUCUGCCGACUACAACCCCGUCCGCCGCGACUCUUUCCUUUCCUCCUCCUGGGAUGACACCAUCAAGCUCUGGACCCUCGACCGACCCACCAGCGUCCGCACCUUCAAGGAGCACGCCUACUGCGUCUACUCCGCCGUCUGGAACCCCCGUCACGCUGACGUCUUUGCUUCUGCCUCUGGCGACUGUACCGUCCGCAUCUGGGACGUCCGCGAGCCAGGGUCCACCAUGAUCCUCCCCGCCCACGACUACGAGGUCCUCGCCUGCGACUGGAACAAGUACGACGAGUGUGUCAUCGCCACCGCAUCCGUGGACAAGAGCCUGAAGGUCUGGGAUGUCAGGAACUAUAGGGUUCCGGUGAGUGUGCUUAAUGGGCACGGGUAUGCCGUGAGGAAGGUGAAGUUCUCACCGCACGUGCGGAAUUUGUUGGUGUCUUGCUCGUAUGAUAUGACGGUGUGCGUUUGGGACUUCAUGGUGGAGGAUGCGCUUGUGAGUAGGUAUGAUCACCAUACGGAAUUUGCGGUUGGGGUGGACAUGAGUGUGCUAGUGGAGGGGCUCUUGGCUAGCACUGGCUGGGAUGAGCUUGUUUAUGUGUGGCCGCAUGGCACUGACCCUAGAGCACCUUAACACUAUAGAGUGGGAAAUGAAUAGAGUGUUGGAUAGAUCUUUUGCACAUUCAAACGAGCUACAAGUCACAGAGUACGCACGAUUCACCACAUUGAGGUGCUCUGAAAGGUGGAAUAGUCUGGUCCAGUGGUGAAUUACGGAUGCCAACAGGUGGAUAUGCAACUUUGUUACUAUCUAUAUUCUUUUUAAAAUCUUUGAUAAAAUUCUGUUUCGUAUCAUAUUUGAAAGAAAAAUGUAAACUCCA